AUGCCUUCUAGAAACCUGGUCAACAAACCAAAAAACAAAAUCCACAGGGCCCACCACGCCCAGCAGCUCGGUAAGAAAAGAGCUGCACGUGCCGCCAGUAUCCUUCCAACCAGAUCUUCUCAUGGCAGAUUCAACACAGAAACCGUCCCCAGACCUUCUGACUCCAAGGCUGUAGCCUUGUACAACGGCAGCAUGCCCCUUCCUUCUGGCGGUGUCACAACCAACACGCUCAGUAACAAAAGAGCCAGAAAGAUCGAGAGAAACAGCAGAUACAUUGCUAAGAGAAACGAGCAGUUGAACAUUGAUCUUGAGGCCAAGAGAGAGAUGGAUAUUGACAUGGACGGAGUCAAAAAGAACAAGCACGAGAAGGAGCCAACCCAGUUGGACAAGGUCAAGCAGGCCCUCUGGGCGGUUGUUGAGGAUACCGAUGCUGUGGGUAUGAACUUGAAUGUGAGUGGUGAGGGCACCACCAUUGGUGUUCAGGCUUUCUGA